UUUUCAACUAUUAUGUUUUAUUACGUGUUUUUAAUUCGUUUCCGAUCAAAGGUCAUGUGUGUUUCUGCGUUUUAUGGCGGCAGAUGAAUGUGAGCAAACAUUAAAGCGCCUCAGCAGAUCCUCGAUGCGCGUUCUUUGCGUUCGUUACGGUAGAAGAUCAACGCGAAGUUUCCCUUUGGUUUCAUUUUAUCCACAAUCAUCAUUACCAGUCCGAAAUGCGGAGUAACGAGUCUCGCGAAACCACGGAUGAUUUCUAAACCAAGAGAAGCCUUUUAUAACCGAGCAGGACUAAAACUAGACUGAAUCCGGAGUGAAGCAGAAGAGCGUUCAGACUCGCGGUCCGUAUUGUUGAUCGCGAACGCUUCGUAAACACGAAAAAGCGCAGUUUAAAGUUCACGCGAUUAUGUGAGGUGCGUCAUGGCUCUCUCAGGUCUCACUCUGGACGGCUGUGGAUCCCAGCGGAUGGAGCAGCAGGAGGUCGAGGACGAGUUCACCUGUGCAGGUGUGUUGAGGGGGGCGUUGCUGGCGCUGCAGCCCGCCGUCGAGCGAGUCUUUGGGGUGAAGCUGAGUAUCGGAGGAGAGGAUGGUCCGUCUGCGCAGAGCGGUCAGAUCUGGCUGCAGCUGCGGGGGACUGCAGGAGACGUGCAAGCAGCAAAGCUUUUUGUGAAAGGUGUCGUCAAUCAGGAAGCUCAGCAGGAGAUCCAGUUCCCUGAAGUGCUGCACUGUGUCUUCUGUGGUGCUAAAGGGCUGUUUAUGGAUUGCCUGAUUAAAAAUACCUCUGCUCAUGUAGCGGUGGGAUCUCAAGGCAUCGUCCUGAUAACCGGGCUGGCAGAACCUGUGGUGAAAGCCUAUUCCCUUAUUACAGACCUUGUGGAGAAGUACAAGAGCAGCCAGGGACGGCGCUCCGAGACUGGACUCGAAUCUUUGGAGUCGCGUCGGGCCUUCAAAGCCAUCGUGGAGAGUCUGGAGGACCGUCACACCCUGGACCUGCUGGUGUUACCUGUGCUGGUGAAAGAGGUCCUGCUGGAUUUGGUGAAGCAGUCCGGAUUGGACUCGCAUGCAAAACGGGCCCAAGAGGACCCAAUCCCGGUUCAAGUCAACGGAUCAUGGGCGAUGCAAAGACCUGUUGACGAAAUUGUUUUUGGAAGCUCUGGAGGAUCAAAUCGUAACGCAGAGAACUCGCAUUCCCAGCAGCCUCGUCUUUUCCCACAAUCCUCACAUGGAAUUAACAGCACAGAUGUUUUCAGCAGCCAAUCCUACAAACCGUUUUCAACACAAUUUGAGAUCCCAGAGUCUCCAGAACCAGGUUUGCCACAAGAAACCGAAUCCGAGACGCCACCGCAGGACGGCGUCUUGUUGUCCGCGGGGAGCAGAGAAGAUUUUGACCACCUUCUCAAGUUCUUCACUGCCAUGGGAUUUACCGAGGAUGCGGUGCAAGCCGUUCUGACUCGAACCGGCCCCAAAGAAGCCUCGCAGCUUCUGGAUUUGAUCCAGCAGGAGCAGGACAAAACCGGCCAGCGAAACCGCCGCAGCGAGUCCCCGAAUGUGGCAGGAAUUGGUGGAGAAAUGCACGAGGCUCUUCAGAUACUAGAGGAAAGUAAAGGAAAAGAGGAAGACUUUGUCUUGGAUGUGUUGAAGAAGGCUGCAGCCACUUGUGGCUACACCGAGGAGAGAGUAAUGGAAUUGUGCAGCAAUCUACCUGAACUCCAGCCACACGAGCUGCUCAUGCAACUGCAGAAAGAAGGAGAGGCCAACCGGACAAGAGGUGGCAGCAAAAAAGCUGAUCGGAAGAUUGGCCCAAAUUCAAUGGCAGAUCUCGACAUGGGAAGCAGAAAGUCCGAAAUGAGGAAUGCAAAACUAGAUGCAUCCAAACCGGUGAACAUUAGCGGCAGGCCUUCAUCUGUGAGAGGCCCACCGCAGACAACAUACUCCUUUGAAACCUUGGACUCUGACGUGCAACCAACGAUUUCACCCGUCCGGUCGCCUCCACGGACUGUUGGUCAGAACCUGGGUUUCAGUUCGCCAGAUAUCUCCAACCAAUUCGUUGUGCCCAAACCUAACCACAGCAGACCAGGCGGGGCAUCUGUGGUCACAGGGCCUCAGCGGUUCCUUGAGAGCCUCAAGACGCCCUUCAAACUGCAGCUGUCAGACGAGCCUGGUGACCCCAUGCUGCGUCAGAUCAUCAUCGAUGGGAGCAAUGUUGCAAUGAGUCACGGUUUGGGGGUGUUUUUCUCCUGUCGAGGCAUCGCUCUGGCCGUACAGCAGUUUUGGGCAAGAGGUCAUCGUGAAAUCACCGUGUUCGUCCCUCAGUGGAGGCAGAAGAGCAACUCAAAGGUUAAAGAAAGGCAAUACAUGAAUGAACUCUGUGAUCUGGGUUUCCUCAAAUACACUCCAUCCAGAGAGGUCGAGGGCAAGAGAAUCAACUCAUAUGAUGACCGAUUCAUGCUGGAGCUGGCGCAGAAGACGAAUGGAGUGAUUGUGACUAAUGACAACCUGAGAGAUCUGGUGGACGAGUCGCCCGCGUGGAGAGACAUCAUAAAGAAAAGUUUGCUUCAGUACGUGUUUGCCGGCGAUCUCUUCAUGUUACCUGACGAUCCCUUGGGCCGCGGUGGACCUCAUCUGAGAGACUUCCUACAUAAACACCACAGUAGUUUACCUGUUCCCGGCAGUCACUCGUUCGCAGGUGUGUCUGCGUCCUUCCCUCCUCCGUCUGCAGCGCCGCGCGCUCACACCGAAGUGCUGCAGUACCGAGACUGGACCCCGGGGGGUCACGGCAGGGGUCAGGAGGUCAGGGAGAGGACGGCAGAGGAGACGCUGAAGCUGCGGCAGAGUUUAAUGCAGAUGUUUCCAGACCAGGAGAGCGUGAUUAUCAUGAUCCUGCAGUGUCACCCGACCGUCAGAGACAUCAGCCGCCUCGCAGACCUCAUCCUGGAGCAACAGGAAUAAACACCAACAUGACACGCAACAUCUGGACAUACACAGCUGGCUUUGAAUCGUGCUCAAGACAAAACAAAACAAAAUAUUUCCUUACGUUUCCAAAACGGUCUUCUAAUGUGUUUUUUUCAGUUUUAAACAUAAUUUAUAUAUUCAACAAGUGUAAAUGAUGUAUAUACGGUGGCUGAGACGUGCUGCAACAGAAGAAAACACAUGCAAAUAAAAAAAAUCACCAGCAGAUUAAUAAAACAUCUGGAUCAGUUUGACAGCUGCACAUGCUCACAACACAAACUAAUUAAGGAACACGCUGCAGAUACUCACAAUACAAACAAAUAGAAGCACGCUACAAAAGCAGGAACACACUGCUAAUAUAUUCAUAACACAAACAAACAAAAAAAAGUGAUGCAAAUAGCACAGACCGCAAAGGGGACCCCAACAAUGAAAAUCAUAAAAAAUUAACCAUGGUUUAUUAUAGUAAAAGUAGUAACCAUGUAUUGAUUACCAUUUUGAUAACUGUUGUACAAAUACCAUGGUUAAACUAGGUAAGUGUGGUUGAUUUACCAUGGUUUAAAUAUAGAAACCAUUUUUAUAUGCAUUUAUUUUAUUUUAUUAUAAAAUAAAUACAUUUUUAAAAAAAUAUAUAUAUAUUAUUAUAUAUAUUAUAAAUAUAUAUAUAUAUUUGCAGCUCAUUCGUAUUUGUUUGUGUUGUGAGUUUUCUUAUUUUGCAGGUGUUGUUCCUAUUUGCAUGCAGGGUUUUUAUGUUUUUUGCAACGCGUUGAGCUCUCUCUGCUAACGUAUGUUGUAUUAAUUGUAACUUUUUUUUAGACUACAGUUGUGCUUCACAAUGUGCUUUUAGGAGUUCUUCAUUUGAAAAGUUGAUGUUUUGUUGAUACUAUUUAUUUUCACAUGCUACUUUCUUAAUGUAAGGAUAAUGAAAAGAUGACGAGUGUUAGAGACCAAAUCAACCAAAGAAUACGUCUUAAUGAGUUUAGGUUUUCAUGUUUUUCUUUCAGAUUUGCUAUAAUCUGGAAUGUUUACAUUUGGAAUUUUUAUACAGAUCUUCAUUAAUGUGCUCUGUGCCUAUUAAACAGCUACAGUAAUCAGGUUGUCAGUAAUCUCGUGAAAAUGUUUUGCAUUAUCUGAGGCCAUUAAACAUGAGACUGGUUUA